AAAUAGUAUCACCAUUAAAAUUUAGGUACAGGCAAUAAAUUUUAGCUGCAAGGUCAUUUGAAUUUUGAAUUUUAACAGCAAUUGAAAAGACUUUUUUUUUUUAACUGCAAAAAUGUCUUGAGCCGAUCCAAAUCCCAUCCCGGACUCGGCUCCGCUAGUGGCUGCUGAGUCUCAAGAAGGUACCAAACUACCCCCAGACAUAGCGUCCCUUGACCGGUCCGACCCAAACCAAAAACGGCCCACAGACAGCGCUGCGGAAGCUGAUCAAGCAAGAAAAGCCAGCCGAUACACACAUAUACGUAUACGAUAAUCCAACGGCUGAGAUGAAAUCAGGAAAAUCAAAAAGCAUUGGCAAGAACAUGGAAGUUGUAGAGAAAAGCUGUCAGCCAGGUCACCCUAUCUUUUCUCGUGCUCGAAAUGAUUCCCUCUCUCUCUCUCUAUUCCAAAUUCUUAAUUUCGUUCAAAUUUCAUUUGCAUUUCAAAUAUUCCCUACUAUAUAUAUACUCAUACUCUUCUCCGGCUGCUCUCGGUAGCCAUCUCUUUCUCUCUUUCUGUCUUUCAUUUUCGUCCUCCAUCGAAUCCAAAGAAAACGCGAGAAAGAGCCCAGGCCAUUUCUGUAGAUUGGCUUGGUUUGUUUUGAUCUUUAUAUUCUCAUCGAUCUUCUCUCAUCUAAGCUUCAUAAAAAAUGGCCGAUGCUGAGGAUAUUCAGCCCCUUGUCUGUGACAAUGGAACUGGAAUGGUGAAGGCUGGGUUUGCUGGUGAUGAUGCUCCCAGGGCAGUGUUUCCCAGUAUAGUUGGAAGACCCAGACACACUGGUGUAAUGGUUGGGAUGGGUCAAAAGGAUGCCUAUGUGGGAGAUGAAGCACAAUCUAAAAGAGGUAUUCUGACCUUGAAAUACCCAAUUGAGCACGGUAUUGUCAGCAACUGGGACGAUAUGGAAAAGAUCUGGCAUCACACUUUCUACAAUGAGCUUCGUGUUGCCCCUGAGGAGCAUCCAGUGCUUCUUACUGAGGCCCCUCUCAACCCCAAGGCCAACAGAGAGAAGAUGACUCAAAUCAUGUUUGAGACCUUUAAUGUGCCUGCAAUGUAUGUUGCCAUCCAGGCCGUUCUUUCCUUGUAUGCCAGUGGUCGUACAACUGGUAUCGUGCUGGAUUCUGGUGAUGGUGUUAGUCACACUGUUCCAAUCUAUGAAGGGUAUGCUCUUCCACAUGCCAUCCUCCGUCUGGACCUUGCUGGUCGGGAUCUCACUGAUGCUUUGAUGAAGAUUCUCACUGAGAGAGGGUAUAUGUUCACCACCACUGCCGAACGGGAAAUUGUCCGUGACAUGAAGGAGAAGCUCGCAUAUGUUGCACUUGACUAUGAGCAGGAACUUGAGACUGCCAAGAGCAGCUCAUCAGUUGAGAAGAACUAUGAGCUUCCUGAUGGCCAGGUCAUCACCAUUGGAGCUGAAAGAUUCCGUUGCCCAGAAGUCCUGUUUCAGCCAUCUCUCAUUGGAAUGGAAGCUGCAGGCAUCCAUGAGACUACUUACAACUCUAUCAUGAAGUGUGAUGUGGAUAUCAGGAAGGACCUUUAUGGUAACAUUGUGCUCAGUGGUGGUUCUACAAUGUUUCCUGGCAUUGCAGACCGUAUGAGCAAAGAGAUCACUGCACUUGCUCCAAGCAGUAUGAAGAUUAAGGUGGUGGCACCACCAGAGAGAAAGUACAGUGUGUGGAUUGGAGGAUCUAUCCUUGCAUCCCUCAGCACCUUCCAGCAGAUGUGGAUUUCCAAGGGUGAAUACGAUGAGUCUGGUCCAUCCAUUGUCCACAGGAAGUGCUUCUAAGUUCUACAAGUGCUUUGAUGGCGGGUUCUUUUUUGCAUUUAGUUGGCUUUUUUCGUGUCAAGUUGUCAUGUGAACUUGAAUAUGGUUGAUAUGGAGAAAUGUUGAGAUGGGGUCCUUGAAAGAUGAUUAUAUUCUGAACUUGAUGUAUCAAAUAGCUUUCCAUCUAUUGCGUUUCAUGUUAUGGCUGCUAGUGAGAGGCUUUAUCUGAAUGGGUCCCUCUGGAAUUGGUGGGCAGGCACUUUGGUACUCAAGUCAUUACUUUCCCUCGAAUCUUUUGUGGUUCAACCAUGUCUUUUUUAGUAGGAUGCUUGUAGCUGGAGAGUGAUUGGGAUGCUUCUUUUUUUUUUUUUUUUUUUCAUCAUUUUUCUUGUUCCAAUAUCUGAAGGUUUUUUUCCCCUGGGAACAUUAAUGUUAAUAGUUAUUGUAUGAGAAAUUUUAUCUAGUGUCAGUUUGCGGUCAUAAACCUUAUGGAAGUUAUAUUUAAUACUUUGUUUGAAUUGAUUUCUGCUCUA